UCCACUUAAACGAUCCGUCAGAAAUCUAACAAGUCGGCCUGUGAGUCAAGUUCCCGUUCGAAUUUCGAGCGACGAGGACCGAAAGAGGGGGAUUUGGUGUUGUGGAGGUAUGUUCAGAAGUGUAAAUAUGUUGGAAUUUGUGCUAAAAGGAACAAUCUAUCGUGCAUCACCCGAGUAUAUUGAGAGUAGGCUCUUUAAUAACGGCCGAUGGAGACCGCAGGGGGCAUAUGCAGUUGCUGUGAAGCCCUUUCCAAAUCACCACAUUGACGUUAAUAAAGAGGCGGAUAAUCUUUGUGCCGUUGGCAGAAAGCUGGCUACGCACAGUCAUGUUGGAACAAUGCAUCGUGAUUGCCGAAGCCUGAAGGUUCUCCCAUGAAUGGCUUCAUGAAGGCACAUGCCAUGUAUACUUCGCGCACAUGGAUUUGAAAGCAGAUAAUGUAUUAAUCA